ACUCUAGUAUUGGUUCUAUUAGUUCAGUGUCAGUUUGACAGAUACAGAAUGUCUAACGAGAAAUUGCGUGAUUAAAAAUUCAUAAAAUGUUCAAAGGAGUUAUUAAUAAUGCUCCAAAGUUUUUAAAAUAUCCAAAUUCCAGAAACUACACCAUGACUAGCAUUAGCAAAGGAUGGUAUUCCAAGAAGAUAGUACCGGACGUGAUAGACCAACCACCAACUGGAAAACUGGUUAUUGAAUAUCCCGAUGUCUCUAUUCAUGAGGGAUAUCCAAUAGUAUAUCCUUCGCAAGUCAAAGAACCUCCUGAAGUUUACUGGAAAGUUAGAGAGCAUGGUGUAUAUUGCACCUUGUGUAUGCUGGACCCCGAUGCACCCAGUCGGAGGAAAAAUUAUUUGGGAGAGUGGUUGCACUGGCUGGUAGGAAAUAUAGCGGACUAUCAAGUUGAUAGAGGAGACAUAUUGGCAGAAUAUAUAGGGGCCGGACCACCAAGGGGUACAGGUUUGCAUAGAUAUAUUUUUCUUCUCUAUAAACAGCCCAGCAAAAUGCAUUUCAAUGAAACAAAAUUAACUAACCAAUACUGGAAGGGACGAGAGAAGUUUUCAAUGAGAAAAUUCGCUCUUAAAUAUAAGCUUGGUGUUCCGUAUGCUGGUAAUUAUUUUGAAGCUGAGUAUGAUGAAUACGUCGACGAAUUACAUAAACAAUUGAAACUGAAAUGAAAUGAAAAUAUUAUCUACAUCGAAUUUUUCACUGUUGUGAAUGCUUGCUGAUAUUCACGAAAAAAAUGCGUCUGUGAUGAAACAAGUUCUAUAAGUAUGAUUUUUGUGAUCAUUAUAGAAAAAAAUAAACGUUUCAAAUUAAA